CCGGCGGCUGUGUAAUAAGGUACAGUCAUCACUGAGCCGUAGCGCAGGAAGCGGCUUGUCUGGUAGGAAGUGAGAGCCCUUACCUGCGUACACCGGGACAAUGGCCGGGGAGAUGACCAUACUGGGUUCAGCUAUCUUGACUCUCCUCCUGGCGGGUUACCUGGCACAGCAGUAUUUACCUAUGCCUACCCCAAAGGUGAUUGGCAUAGAUCUCGGGACGACAUAUUGCUCAGUUGGCGUAUUUCAGCCUGGCACAGGAGAAGUGACAGUCAUUGCAGAUCAGAGCGGCCAUCAGAGUAUACCGAGCAUCGUCUCCUUCACUGAAAACGACGUGUAUGCUGGGUACGAAGGCCUGGAGCUCGCCGACGCCAAUCCACAGAACACGGUGUAUGACGCCAAAAGGUUUAUAGGGAAGACCUUUACCCCUGAGGAGUUGGAGAGAGAAAGUGACAGGUAUCCGUUUAAGGUUCUCUACAAGGAGGCUGAAGCUAUGUAUUAUAUCAAAACCAAUGAGUCGUUCACAGUGACCCCUGAGUACAUCGGCUCUCAGCUCCUUCUCAAACUAAAGAAGAUGGCGGAGGAAUAUCUUGGUCUUCCUGUCUCUAAGGCCGUUAUUUCAGUGCCUGCAGAGUUUGAUGAAAGGCAACGCAAUUACACUGUUAAGGCGGCUAAUCUUGCAGGUCUAGAUAUCCUCAGGGUCAUCAAUGAGCCCACGGCAGCAGCGAUGGCCUACGGAUUACACAAAGCUGACGUGUUCAAUGUCCUGGUGGUGGAUUUAGGAGGAGGAACGCUGGACGUCUCCCUUCUGAAUAAACAAGGAGGGAUGUUCCUAACAAGAGCCAUGGCAGGUAACAAUAAACUCGGCGGGCAGGACUUCAAUCAAAGACUCUUACAGUACUUAUAUGACAGUAUUUAUACUACAUACGGGUCCCUGCCUCCCCUGAAAGAAGAGAUCCACAGGCUCCGGCAGGCCGUGGAAGCAGUCAAGUUGAACCUCACCUUGUACCCUUCCUCCUGGGUCCGAAUGCCAUUGACCUUGCCCACACGAAAACCAGCAGAAGGGGACCCCAAAGAGGGAGCUGUACGAACGGAGGACCAACAAGACGACCACAGCAGUAUGAAACAGGUCCAUUUCGAAGCCGAAAUUUCACGGAAGCUCUUUGAGCAUCUCAACGAGGACCUGUUCCAGAAGAUCUUGGUGCCUAUUGAACGGGUGCUAAAGGAAGGACACCUUCAGAAGGGUGAAGUGGACGAAAUUGUCCUCGUCGGUGGCUCCACCCGAAUACCACGCAUACGCCAAGUCAUCAGGGACUACUUUGACAAAGAACCGAAUACAUCCGUAGACCCAGAUUUGGCUGUAGUCACAGGAGUGGCCAUCCAAGCGGGGAUUGUGGGGGGAUCUUGGCCACUUCAAGUCAGUGCAAUAGAAAUCCCCAACAGACAUUUAAGGAAAAAAAACUUUAACUGAAACUGAUUUCAGUAUGUAUUUGAAGGUGACUACAAAGUUGGCACUUUAUCUCAUUUUUAAGUCCUGCCCUCAAAAAUUAUUUAUUUUUUUAAAAAGAUGCUUGAGAGACAUAUACAGAGGAUGCGUGCAGGGUAGAGAACCUUGCUCUAUAUAUUUAUUCCACUUGGGUAUCUGGUACAGUUCGUACCCACUGUCCAUUGAGCCUUACUUGAAUGUACUGUAGCAGUAAUACCUGCAUGUUGGGCCCUGUGCCUAAUGUAUAUGCUGGGAAAAGCUCUCGACCUAUACGGAGGCUGCGGUGCCGAACUGCGGCAUCUGUCACCAAUAGACCAUAAUCCGUUCCAAUAAUAUGUUACAAGCUUUUCAUGUGUCACUCAUAGGGUUCCGUUGUAAAAAAAAAAAAAAAAGUUUAAUGUAACUUUUUACUGGACUCAAAGUGUAAUCUGUAUUUGCUAUUCCAUAUCCUCUUUUUUGCAGUAUACAGACAUAUACAGGUCAGAAGGCCACUUAUGGAGCCCUAUGGGCCUGUUUAGGAGCCUUCCUGGUGCUCAUUCCAAUGGAAAAAGUGAUAUGAGCAGGCCCUUAUAUACACCGGAGACUUAAAAAAAAAAAAAUUUAUGUUAGGUUUUGUUACUUUUCAUGUAUAUAAGUAUAUGCAGUAACAUUACGUGUAUGUUGAUCCGGGAACGUACGCGGUCUGACAUGAAUCUAAGGGAAUUAAACCUUUUCUCCGUUUUCUGUAUUUGAUUUGUUCUCCUGUCAUUGAAAAUUAUAAACAUUAUGACUCAGUUCACACUGGAUGAUGUGGCGUAUCGUUAGUAAGACAGAUCGGAUACCAUUGAGAUUUAUUAUGAUGUCCAUUGGGGUUCUAUUGAAGUUUUCCUAAUUUUGACAGCAAGAAUAGCGCUGCAUACUAAG